AUGGUGGAGCAGAGCGCCCUCGCGAACAACUCUCGCACCGAACCCGGCCCUGCCAACCCAGCUCCCACCAACCCAGUCACUCCUUCCCGACGUCAACCCUCCCCUCCACCACCUUACACGAUCGAAACGAACCCAGUCGCAUCAAGUCGCAAGCGAACACGACCUAGCAACGAUGAUUUCGAUGACGAAUAUGGCAUCGGGCAGGUUAACGAUGAUGAUCUGAAUCAGGCCAUGGUCGAGGCUGAGACGCCGAGCAAGGCCGCGAGGACGACCAACUUCACGACCCCUGCACCCAAACGACAGAAGCUCCCAUGGCAGAUGGAGACAGGCAGUAGCUCCAGAAAUAAUGGGCUGCAGACGCCCCAAACCGACCGAAGAUCCCCAGGAGACAACCCGUUCGCACCCAGACACCCAACACCAGGCGGCGCUCUCUUUACUCCCUCAUCCAAUGUUGAUGCGAACGAGCACCAUCAGACCGCAACUCCGUCGUCUUCGUUUGACGCGACCCCCACCCCAAAUCGGUUCAGAAAUGCAGUGAACGACGACAUCGUCAAAGACGUCUUUGACUUGCUGCAGAACAGUAGCACACGCCUCGCAGACUCUACCGAAAACGAGCUCAGAACUCUGCUGGUUCGACACGCCAAGAACGCCGAAGGAUACAAGAGAGGUCGCGACGUCAGCCGUAGCACAGUCAAGGCAAAGGAAGCGAAGAUUACGGAGCUGACAUAUCGCAUCAACACACUUGAAGCCGAGCUUGAAGCGGAAAAGGCCAUGGUCAAACAUCUUCAGUGGGAGGCACAACACGAGUCGGACACCUGA